AUGUCUAUGUGGUCCUUCUUUCACAAUUUAUUUUUAGCGUUGUUAUUUUAUCCAACGAGCUCAUUGGCCGAUAGAAGUUCAUGUCUACCAACUGGUCCAAGUACUCAAGGUUUUAGUGCAAGAUUUUUCCCAUAUCGUAUUGGAUCAACUCAGGCAACAAAUAACAACCUGUGGGUUCAAGGACUGUACAUGACUAAUAAUCCUAUCGGGACAUCCAACAACAUUAUUGAUCCAAAUUAUAGUGUCAGGCCUUGUAUUCUAGGGCCAACCACAUUUACUUGUCCUCUAUCUGCUAGUUUAAAUUGGGCUGACUCAACCCAUCUACGUUGUAACUAUCAGACUUGUAAAAAUGCGGAUAGCGACGCUGUCGGUAAUAUAAACAUGUAUGGGUUUAUGACUACCGCAACAAACAUCACUGUUGAACUUUCAGGUUAUCUUUAUACUACUCAGACUGGUAAUUAUUCAUUUUCUUUAAACAACGUUGAUGAUGCAGCUUCCAUCACUGUCGGUGCUGGGGUUGCAUUUGAUUGCUGCGCCCAAUCGGAUCAACACCCUUCAUUAAUGUUUUACAGUGAUGUUGUUAGCAUCAAACCAAGUGUAGGGGCUGCAAUGACUGUGUCGUCUAAAAUUUACUUAUACGCCGGGAACUAUUAUCCAGUCAAAAUUGUCUAUACAAAUUCUAAAUCUGUGGCAAGUUUAGGCACAACAUUAACCUUACCAGAUGGAACAGUAAUUUCGAACUGGGGUUCCCAAGUUUAUUCCUAUAUGGAUAGUACUAAUGAAAAUAAUAUCGAAUGUAUUGCCGGAACAGAUAUAUCGACAAACAGCCGAACUAGCGUUUAUCCAUCCUCUUCCACUAUGUCUAGCCUGUAUAUACUAUCUAGUUCUACCAGAGUAACUUCUGCUCCCCUAAGUUCAUCUAAGAGUUACUCAAGUAGUUCAAGUUUUAGUGCGACUACCACUUAUAAUGCCUUGGGUUCAUCCAAAAGUUCGAGCUCUAGUGCGACUACCACUUAUAAUGCCUUGGGUUCAUCC